AAAAUCAAAAACACCAAGAUUUAUUUUUGCAGAAGUCGAGUUUAACGUUCGCGAUAGUUUAAACCGCGAGGUUUAUUAUCUUGUGUAAUUUAAAAUAAUUCUUCCAUAAUAUUCAACAUUGUUAUUGAAUAAUCGGCGUUUAUUUUAAUUCACACAUUAGGCAUGUCUUCUGGUUCCACAGUAGUGAAUUUAGACCGAGGAAAUAACACCACUUGUACGAUCAAUUUACAUGGAGCAACCGUAGUAUCCUGGCGAGUCAAUAAUCAAGAACAAAUUUUCGUUAGUAAACAAGCCAUAUUCGAUGGAAAGAAAGCUAUUCGCGGAGGCAUUCCCAUAGUAUUUCCUCAAUUCGGCCCUUGGAAUUAUGGACCUCAACACGGUUUCGCUCGUAUUUCAAGAUGGAACGUCGAAAAGCCGCCGGAGAGAUUGCCCAGCGGAGAUGUCGAAGCUAUAUUUUCACUCAUCGAUAACGAAUAUACUAAAUCGCUGUGGGAUUUUCCGUUCAAAUUAACCUACAGAUUGAUAUUACGAGAAAAAGAAUUACAUUUUAAUUUAGCCGUCUAUAAUCCUAGUAAAGAAGCUAUGUGUCCGUUUUAUUUAUUGUUGCAUACGUAUUUUAAAGUACCGGAUGUAAGAAGGUGUCAGAUAACCGGUUUGCUAGGCUGCACAUAUAUUGAUAAGACCAGAGAAAAUACAAUGUACCAUGAAAAUCGAGAAGUAGUUACCAUCGACGAAUGGACUGAUCGUAUUUAUCAAAAUACUCCCCAAGAAAUCAUGAUUACAAAUGUGGUAUCCGGACGCAAAAUGAAAAUAUUAAAAUAUAAUUUAUCCGAUACAGUUAUAUGGAAUCCCUGGGAGAAAGCUAAAGAUAUAGGUGAUUUUGGCGAUGACGAAUUCCCAAAUAUGAUUUGCGUCGAGUCUGGUCAAGUUUCACGUCCCAUUAUCCUCAGACCGGGUACCACCUUUGAAGCUAGUCAAGUAUUACAGGUAAUGUGAGUAGAAUGCGGAGCUGCGGCCUCCGGUUUUCGCAAUCUGACCAUUUCAUCGUCUAAAAGUAAAAGCAAACCUUUAGAAAACGAUGUCGGAUUCGAGAACCUAGAUAGCAGCUCGUGGUAUCCUUUUGAUACGUCUAUAUCGGAAGAAGAUACACAAUCGUAUAGAUCGUCUCAACCGACGCAUUAUUGUUAUCAUCGGAAAACAUCUUGCACCGUUUGUUCCUUGAAUUUGUAAAUAGGCUAUCUAAAGUCUAAAGGGGUGUCUUGUAUUACCGCUUGUUUUAUUUAUUUUUUCUUUUAAUAUUUUAUUGUAUAUAAAUUUUAUUUGUAUAAUUUUUACGUAUUGAUUUUCGUUCUCGUCUCGUGUGUAAUCAUCGGGUUCUAUUUAUUCCGUAAAGACUGUUUUGUAAAAAUUUUUAUAUUAUGUCAUUUUGUUGAAGGAUGUAGUCUGUAGUAGAGUGC